GUCCCCAUGGGUGCUGCUUCCACCAACCCCUGCCUACCCCACCAACCGCCGCCAUGCUGACCGCCGAGGACAAGAAGCUGGUCCAGCAGGUCUGGGAGAAGGUGUCCGGCCACCAGGAGGAUGUUGGAGCCGAGGCCCUGGAGAGGAUGUUUGCCGCCUACCCCACGACCAAGACCUACUUCCCCCACUUCGACCUGCACCACGGCUCUGACCAGAUCCGUGGCCACGGCAAGAAGGUGGUGGCUGCCCUGGGCAACGCCGUCAAGAACAUGGACAACCUGAGCCAGGCUCUGUCUGAGCUCAGCAACCUGCACGCCUACAACCUGCGUGUGGACCCCGUCAACUUCAAGCUGCUGUCGCAGUGCCUCCAGGUGGUGCUGGCCGUGCACCUGGGGAAGGACUACACCCCCGAGAUCCACUCUGCCGUCGACAAGUUCAUGUCGGCCGUGGCCUCCGUGCUGGCUGAGAAGUACAGAUGAGCUGCCACCUGUGCCCAUGUGCCGUCAAUAAAGACCCUUUUGCC